AUGCAGCCGCCUGAAGUUGACCGAAUCACAGGCAAUCGUGGUAUUUCUGGCAAGAACAUCAGCCUGAACGUAUACGAAGAAGAUAUUGAGCUCCACAACCAAACGUACAGCGCCGCAAAACAGGUCUCCGAGACCCCAAGAGCCUGGAAUUAUACCAUUGAGACGUGGAUAUCGGUGGGCGGCUGGGCCUUCACCGAUGCUGGCUCGACCCAAACGGCUUGGAGUAACAUGGUGAGUAGCGCGGCCAACCGUGCAGCCUUUAUCUCCAGUCUAGAGCAGUUCAUGAUCACGUACGGCUUUGACGGGGUCGAUCUCGAUUGGGAAAAUCCCGGAGCCAGUGACCGCGGUGGAAGCAGCGAGGAUGGCGCCAAUUCUGUUCUGCUCGUGAAGCAGAUGCGGAGCGCCUUUGGCACCAAGUAUGGAAUUUCCCCUGUCGAGAUGGAGUCCUAUGUCGACUGGUUCAACCUGAUGGCAUAUGAUCUUCACGGCACAGGGGACGUCACAGACACCUGGACCGGACCCUAA